AUGAGAGAAAUAAAUGGAGAAUGUGCGGUCACCUUCACCAACGCUCGGACUGCUUGGUUGUUCAACCCACCAUCGGCACCCCACAUGGGUGGAUCAUGGGAGCGCCUGGUACGAUCCGUAAAGACAGCAAUGAAAGCUAUAGCUGAUCACCCUCACCAUCCCUGUGACGAGGUACUAGAAACCAUUGCUCUGGAGGCUGAAUCAAUGGUGAACAGUAGGCCCUUAACGUACAUCCCGCUGGAAACGGAACAACAGGAAGCGUUAACCCCAAACCACUUUUUGCUCUAUGGCCCUGAUGGAAUUAAACAACCAGCACAACAAUUCAGAUACGAGGGAGCGGCGCUUAGAGAUAGCUGGAAGCGGGCUCAAUACUUAGUUGAUCAGUUUUGGAAGCGAUGGAUCAAAGAAUACGUCCCUACUAUAACCAGACGAACAAAGUGGUUUCUUCCAGUGAAGCCCCUAGAACCUGGCGAUUUGGUGGUGGUGAUAGACGACAGUAGAAGGAAUGGCUGGAUUAGAGGACGAGUCGUGGAAGUAGUAAAAGGAGUAGAUGGACAAGUUAGGCGAGCAUUGAUUCAAGUAAGAGAGGGACUAAUGUGGCGACCUACCGUGAAGCUAGCCUUGUUGGAAGUCCAAGAUCGCAGGACUACACGGGCGGGGGAAUGUUCGCAACACUUCAGAACUGAGCCCAUAGCGGCGCGCGAUUGUUCUAUGACAGAAGUGCAGUCCGUGCUCUCGGAAAAAUAG